GCCAGAGCACAGCGAUGCAAUCCCCACAGGAGCGAGGAGAGUGAAAAAAAAGGUCAUUGCAAAUGCCGAUGCCUCCCCGGCGAUAGGCCCGCUGCAAAGGAGAAAUAGCGCAUCCUUUCGUCAGCUCCGCAACUGCCUCCCCUCGUUCGUCUCCCGCUGGCCGCACUGGCUCCGACUCUGCUGGCCCCCGCAUGCCCACCACCACCGCUACCACCACCACCACGGCCAAGAUAUAAAUGCCUGUCUGAGACCAGCGGCGACAUCUGGGCUCUGGCUGCUUGCCUGUCAACCAGAAUCACAUCCGGCCAUCCGGCAAACCACGCCGUUGAAUCCCACCGCCAUGAAGACCCGCGUCUGUGAACUGGCUCUGUCUCUGCUGAUGCUGCUGUCGCUUGCAUCGGCAAAUCUCCAAAACCUGACCAUCCAGGGCAGCAACUCUGGGUUCCAUCCAGGCGACUCGCUGGUCGUUACUUGGUCAUCGGACAGCCUCGGGCUUGACCCCACAUUCCUCGCAAUUUCGCUUCUGUCCCUCGACACAGGCUACUCUGAGGACCUCACAGCCGCUGCUGGCCUGUUGCCCUUCGACCAGUUCAUCUUCACCUCAAGCAUCCCCACAUCCAGCGACAUCACCACGGGCCAAUGGGUGCUGCGCAUCCAGCAGUUCUUCACCACCAUGUUCAGCACUUCGUCCAUCUCCAUAAUUAGCGCGCCGUUUGCCAUUGCCGCUUGAUUGCCGUGGCGAAUCACUCUGCGCUGCUCGGGCCGAUGCUAUCGGCUUUCGCUCCGCCAACACGCAAUGCUCGCCCUUUGCUAUCCAUCUGAACAGUGCAGAGCCGCGCCAGUCAGCACC